AUGUCUUUCAAUGGCCACGCCGCUUACAGUCCGACCGCGAUGUCAUCAUCAACUGCACCUUCUGGCCUGUCAAACAGCCUCCUCUCAACAUCUAUAUCCUCUCUAGCUUCUUCUACAUCCUCACGGCAUCCUUCCCAAAUUUCGAAGACCUAUCGACAAGCUUCUACUUUAUUCCUCACGCGUCGUUUGCCUGAAGCUCUGACGACAUUACUCCCGUUGAUUACUCCGCCCGAACAUGUUGACGACGGCGAACCUGCGCCAGUCGCCCGAGCAUCAAGAACGACUCGCAUUAAGGUCUGGAGCUUGUACCUUACUAUACUCAAUGGCAUUGUCGAGUUAGAACCUGAGGAGGGCAAGGAUGCUUUUGGAAACCAAGAAUGGAGAGCCUUGUGUACCAAAGUUCGCGAAGGAGAAAUAUGGGAUGAGGUAGUCACGAACGGUUACCAUGGAGUGGAGGGCGAUGUUGACUCGGACGUGGUCAUUAAUCUCGCGACGAUAUUGUUGGCACAUGCCCGUGACCAGAAGCUUAACCAGCACAAACUCGAGGCUUAUCUGGCCGCCUCCAACACACCAAAUCUUGAUGUCGCCGGGCGGCUCGCUGAAUCAACGAGCUCGCCCAUGUCGAAUCGUUAUCGGUCUCCUGCGAAAGGAGCGAGUGGCGCCAACACGCCGAGAGAUCUAAAUGCUCGUGUCAAGAUUCUAGAGUUAUACACCCUCCAUGUACUAUUGCGCAACAACGAAUGGGAUUAUGCUCGUGAGUUUAUCAGCGUCAGCUCAGUCCUAGACGAAGAGCGCCGCGAAGCUUUCCUGCAGGCAUUGCAAAGCCUCCACGAUGAACAGCAAGAACAGGAAAGACUUGAGAAUGAGGAGCGCCAACGACAAGAGAAUGAGCUGAAGAGGGAAAUUGAGGAGGCGAAGAGACUGCGCGCAGAGAAUGAAGAGAAGGAAAGAAAACGGAUAGAAGAGGAGCGUCUGAAGCGCGAAGGGAGCGAGGUUGAUUACGGGAUUGACGAUACAGCCAGCCAUACUGGUUCAACUCGACCUCGGAAGGCCAGAGCUCCAUCAUCUUCGUCGUCGAGGCAGUCAAGGCCUCGAGGGACGAAUCAAGCAGGACCCAAGGCAAACGGCAAAGCAGUCUCGCAGGCUCCAACUCUUACAUCACGCGCUUCAAUGGUUAUCGCACAACUGCGCACUAUUAUCGAACAUUUGGGUUCCUCACUGAACUCGAACCCGAUGCUCUUAUUCAAGUUUCUGGCGUUUGUUAUGGGUUUGAUUCUUAUGCUGAGUAAUACCAACAUUCGGGAGAGAGUGAAGAGAAUACUUGCGGUCUUUUGGGCUAAGGUCAAGGGCACAGCUGGGAUGGGGGUGAAGUAUCUCAUGUGUUACGAGGAGUCUAUGGGGACUACUCACAUCUGUCCUCGAACUGCCGAGAUUUAUAAUCUUAGGACAUCCGUCGCGGUCUUUCUCAAGACGCGUGCAUUCGAAACAGUAGAACGCGUCCGAGAUGCCCUCACCACCGCAUACAACACAUUUGUUCUGAUAAUUGCCGAAGCUGCACUCGUCGCAAAUACGCACGAGCGUCGUAGGCCGAACAUAGGAGUCGCAUACUGGGCAUUUGCCAUCACACUUGUCACAGAGACGACCGAUGGCAAUACCAGCCUGCUUGCGACACAUAACAAGAUCGCUGUGCGAAAGCUCUGUCCCUUGGAUGAUACCAAAGCAGACCACGAGAAGCAUAACGAUACACUGUCUGAAGAUGCACGAAACAAGGAGCCCAUGAAAAGAAAGGCCUCAAUAAAUGUUGACGAACUCUCCACGAAACGUGCGAAACAUGACGAUCAUUUCCGCGAAGCUCCGAGCGAACCACGGAAGAGGAACUCAUCUCCAAACCGCCGCGAUUCAUAUGGAGACUCUCCAGGUAUUGACGUAGAUCGCCGAAAAAACGCGACGCAAGAAGAGAAGAGACGCGGCAAGCGGUUAUUCGGGGGUCUACUUAGCACUCUAAGCCAGACGAGUGGCAGUGUACAGCAGAAGCGCCGUUUGGAGAUAGAACGCAAACAACAAGAACGAUUACAAAAGCAGAACAUCGAGGAAGAUAAACUGCGCGAGGAGAAACGACUGCGACUCACUGAAAUUCGGAGAGGCGAACAAAUAGCGUUCGAUGAGGAAGUUAUGCAUAGCAAGCAUACCAAAAUGCUUACGAUGGCUCGGUACUUACAGACAAAAUCAAGGCCACAUAUCUACUAUCUCCCUUGGAAACUCACAGCAGAACAAGAAGAUACAAUAGACGAUCAAAUCCAGCAAACUAAGGCCACGAUAGAGCGCGAAGUUGAAAGUUUGAACGCAAGAAAAGGGCGACAAGCGAAACGAGGAAGACAACCUUCAGAGACAACAGCGCCGUCAAGUGAGGAGUUGGUUCAUAACUCCAAAGACGCGAAUGACCCUGAAAAAUCACCACAUGGUCGAGAGAAGCCGCUUCAGGCGUCUAAUCAUGACCAUCAUCACGAUGAGUCGGCGGAUGUGUUGGAAGAAGCUGACGAAGAUAUGGUGAUUGGUGCUUUCUUCGUAAGAAUACAGCUAAAGCACCCACGAGUCAUUUACACGAGAAAAUCGCACAAAAGAACGCGGGGCGUCACGUUGCUCAUCAUGGCUCCCGAUAAGCUUGUGCCAAACGACUCUCGGGUCAAAACCGAGACUGCGCAGAUUCGGGGUAAAAACUACAAGUACAUCGUUGGAGAGCCUGAGGGCACCCCCCUGGAGACUAUAGUCCUCAUCCAUGGCUUCCCAGAUCUUGGAUUUGGUUGGCGCUAUCAGGUUCCCUAUCUUAUGUCCUUAGGAUUCCGAGUCAUUGUCCCCGACAUGGUGGGAUAUGGCGGCACUGAUGCUCCAGAGUCUCUUGAGGAGUACACAUACAAGAGCCUUUCAGCUGAUAUUAACGAGCUGGCUCGGAAGUACGUUGGAGAGGAUGGACAGAUCAUUCUUGGUGGACACGAUUGGGGUGGUGCUAUUGUGUGGAAGGCCGCCUGCUGGUAUCCUCAGCUGAUUAAGGGUGUCUUCAGUGUCUGCACACCCUACAUGCAGCCCAGAGAGACAUUUGUUCCCCUCGAAGCUAUUAUUCAGAGUGGCCAUCUGCUCAACUUUAGCUACCAACUGCAGUUCAAGGGACCCGAGGUUCAGUCCCGUCUUCAAGGAGAGGAGAAGAUCCGACAGUUCUUGAAUGCGCUCUAUGGCGGCCGUACACCCAGCGGCGAUCUUGGAUUCUCUGCGAAGGACGGCAUCUACUUCGACAAGCUGCCAGAACUCGGUCCCUCGCCACUUGUCAGCAAGGAAGAGUUGGACUACUACGCCAAAGAAUAUGCCUCGAAAGAACCCCCCGAGCUGCGUGGCCCUCUGAACUAUUACCGCAUGCAGGAGCUCAACCACCGCGACGAUGUAGAGGUGGCCAAGAAGGGUGGCCACAAGUUCGAGAUGCCGGCUUUGUUCAUCACAGCAACUGACGAUUCGGCUCUCCCGCCGUCUAUGUCUAAGGGAAUGGACUCAGCCUUUACCAACUUGACUCGGGAAGAAGUCAAGGCGUCUCACUGGGCGUUAUGGCAGGCUUCCGAGGCUGUGAACCAACACAUCACGAAAUGGCUUGAUGGAGUGCUGGAUGGUGCCUUGAAGGCAAAGGCAUCUCUGUGA